GUAGUGCAUCACCAGCCAGAGAGCCUGUGAACUCCUCCGAGCAGAAAGGCUCUCCCUGCCCCCUCUCCCCGCGCAGCUCGCUCUGCCCUCCGCCUCCUCCUCUCCGCCCACUCUCGCCGCGGUCUCCUGGCGGCGGCGGCUUUGUCUCGUGGGCUAGUCCCCAGCGGCUCCCUCCCCAGCAGCUGCUGCCCGCGAGAGGAAGCCGCGCGGGUGCUGUCCAGCAUCCCGGUGCUGAAAACCGGAGGGCUCGUCAUCCACCACUACCAUGUAAGAGCCAUGAGAAGGGCUCGUCCUGGCGCAGCGCGGACAUGGAGGAGGACUUAUUCCAGCUAAGGCAGCUGCCGGUUGUGAAAUUCCGUCGCACAGGCGAGAGUGCAAGGUCAGAGGACGACACGGCUUCAGGAGAGCAUGAAGUCCAGAUUGAAGGGGUCCGCGUGGGCCUAGAGGCUGUGGAGCUGGAUGAUGGGGCAGCUGUGCCCAAGGAGUUUGCCAAUCCCACCGAUGAUACUUUCAUGGUGGAAGAUGCGGUGGAAGCCAUUGGCUUUGGAAAAUUUCAGUGGAAGCUGUCUGUUCUCACCGGCUUGGCUUGGAUGGCUGAUGCCAUGGAGAUGAUGAUCCUCAGCAUCCUGGCGCCACAGCUGCAUUGCGAGUGGAGGCUCCCAAGCUGGCAGGUGGCCCUGCUGACCUCGGUGGUCUUUGUAGGCAUGAUGUCCAGCUCCACGCUCUGGGGAAAUAUCUCAGAUCAGUACGGCAGGAAAACAGGGCUGAAGAUCAGUGUGCUGUGGACUCUGUACUAUGGCAUCCUUAGUGCUUUUGCACCCGUGUACAGCUGGAUCCUGGUGCUCCGGGGCCUGGUGGGCUUCGGGAUCGGAGGAGUCCCCCAGUCGGUAACGCUCUAUGCCGAGUUCCUUCCCAUGAAAGCCAGAGCUAAAUGUAUUUUGCUGAUUGAGGUAUUCUGGGCCAUCGGGACAGUGUUCGAGGUCGCCCUGGCUGUGUUCGUGAUGCCCAGCCUGGGCUGGCGCUGGCUGCUCAUCCUCUCAGCUGUCCCGCUCCUCCUCUUUGCCGUGCUGUGUUUCUGGCUGCCGGAAAGUGCAAGGUAUGACGUGCUGUCAGGGAACCAGGAAAAGGCAAUUGCCACCUUAAAGAGGAUAGCGACGGAAAACGGAGCUCCCAUGCCGCUGGGGAAACUCAUCAUCUCCAGACAGGAAGACCGAGGCAAAAUGAGGGACCUUUUCACGCCCCAUUUUAGAUGGACAACUUUGUUGCUGUGGUUUAUAUGGUUUUCCAACGCAUUCUCUUACUACGGGUUAGUUCUACUCACCACAGAACUCUUCCAGGCGGGAGAUGUCUGCAGCAUCUCCAGUCGGAAGAAGGCAGUAGAGGCAAAAUGCAGCCUGGCCUGUGAGUACCUGAGCGAGGAGGAUUACAUGGACUUGCUGUGGACCACCCUCUCUGAGUUCCCAGGUGUCCUUGUGACUCUGUGGAUUAUUGACCGCCUGGGGCGCAAGAAGACCAUGGCCCUGUGCUUCGCCAUCUUCUCCUUCUGCAGCCUCCUGCUGUUUAUCUGUGUUGGAAGAAAUGUGCUCACUCUGUUACUCUUCAUUGCAAGAGCGUUUAUUUCUGGAGGCUUUCAAGCGGCAUAUGUUUACACACCUGAGGUCUACCCCACGGCAACACGGGCCCUCGGCCUGGGCACCUGCAGUGGCAUGGCAAGAGUGGGUGCUCUCAUCACUCCGUUCAUUGCCCAGGUGAUGCUGGAAUCCUCUGUGUACCUGACUCUGGCGGUUUACAGUGGCUGCUGCCUCCUGGCUGCCCUGGCCUCCUGCUUUUUGCCCAUCGAGACCAAAGGCCGAGGACUACAGGAGUCCAGCCACCGGGAGUGGGGCCAGGAGAUGGUCGGCCGAGGAAUGCACGGUGCAGGUGUCACCAGGUCGAACUCUGGCUCUCAGGAAUAGUGACUGAUGGGGGACUGAGCUGGUCUUUGAGGCUGCAGAGCUCAGGGGGCUGGCGGGCCCCAACUGGGGCACUGAUUGCCAACAUCAAGAACUCACCCAAGAGUAUGACCUGGACCAACAGGGUUUUGUGUCUUGACUCAGCUUGCUCAUAUUCAUUGAGGUCCACCCAGGGAUGGGGCGGUAUUGGCUCUAGGGAGUUUUCUGUAUAUGUGGAGAAAGGUUUGUUCAUAACCUGUGGAUCUGCAUGGGGAAACUACCCAUAUUAGGAGGGUCUGGUGAUGCCAGCAACUAAUCGGACACCAUCCAGAGUCACCCGGCCACACCCUCGGUGAACAACCAAAAGAUCUCUCUGUAGAUACCGUCCAGGCCCAGGCCCAUGUGACACCUGCCACCCACCCACCGGACCUGUUCAGUAGGUUUCUCCCACACCCACAGCCCCAGGCUUUCUUCUUUGAAGUUGCAGGUGAUCUAGGCGUGGUCUCAGCAGCUAUUUCCUGGCAGGGCCCCCCUCUGUUUGCCUCCCUAGAGCCUGACCAGUGGAUUCUCUGGCAGAUGGACAUUGUGCAUUCAAACUGGAGCCACCUGCCCCCACCCAGGCCCCUCUGGAGUUGCCGUUGUUGGCACCAAGGGAUCCAGAUGUGUCCCUGGGGACAGCUGGACUUGUACCGGGUGACAGCCUCAGGAAGCUGUUACCCCCUGGGAACUGAGGACUGAGGUCAAAGGAAAGUGAAUCAAGCUCAAGUCAGAGCACGGGCCUCCCCUUCUGAAGCAGCCAAGGCCAUGGUUGGGAUUCUUUCCUGACCCCCUCCUUGGUCAGGCUGAAUAGUGACUUUUUUUUUUUUUUUGAGACAGAGUCUUGCUCUGUCACCCAGGCUGGAGUGCAGUUGCACGAUCUUGGCUCAAUGCAACCUCUGCCUCCCGGGUUCAAGCAAUUCUCCUGCCUCAGCCUCCCGAGUAGCUGAGAUUACAGGUGCCCACCACCAUGCCCGGCUAAUUUUUGUAUUUUUCAUAGAGGCGGGGUUUCACCACGUUGGCCAGGCUGGUCUUGAACUCCUGACCUCAAGUGAUCUGCCCACCUCGGCCUCCCAAAGUUCUGGGAUUACAGGCGUGAGCCACCACACCCGGCCUGAAUGGUGACUCUUGAUGGGAAAAAGUUUACUCAGGUUCCAGGCACAAAAUCCAAAAGCCAGGGCUUUGGGUUCUGUGUAGAUGGCUGAAUGGGCAGAGAAACCAAAAGGAUGCUACGCCCACCAUCUUGUCCCAUGGGAAUGCAAAGCUGCUCCUCUGUCCAGGGCCUUCUUGGUCAUUACACAAAGGCAGCCCCUGGGGUUCCAGUCAUGGAGCCUGGCAUGGAAUGGAGAGGGGCGGGAGGACUCAGGUGUGUGAAACGUGUAUGUUUUCAAAGGAAGGGGAGGGAAGCCAACUGGGUUUUGAGUUGGUCUCUGCAGGCAACAUCACUUCCGGGAUUUGGUUUACUGAAGCCUUUUUUGCCCAUGGUGAAGGCAGGGGACCUAGACAAGGAGGGAGGGAGCUGGCAGAUCCCAUCAAAGGCCAGAGCCGACUGACCUACUGCUUGAAGUAGACGUUGCAAGGAAGCCAAUGUGUGCGUUCAUCUCCUAUUAAAACAUGUCAGUGAUGGACAU